GAGGCCAAGUACACACCCCAGGUGUUCGAAGAAAUGCACCUCUGAACCGUUUCUGGCCCUCCGCGAGACAACCCACUGUCAGCAAUGGCUUUUGGGUCCGCCAUCGAGAGGAGUGUGGCACGGCCGCUCAUGAGGCUGGUGACCAUGGGCGGCGCGCCGAUCAUGCAGCAGCUGCACCUGGAGGAGCGGCUGCUGCGUCGAACCAGCGACAACUGGUGCAUCGUCAACGAUGGCACGGCGCCUCCCACCAUCGUCAUGGGCGUCUCCGGGAAGGUCUCUGAGCUCGUCGAGAUACAGCCUGUCCUCCAGGACCGUGUGCCGGUGAUAAGGCGGUUCAGUGGAGGCGGCACUGUCAUCGUUGAUCAGGGGACCGUCUUCGUCACCUUCAUAUGCAACAAGACCGCUGUCGAUGGGUUGCAGCCGUUUCCUCGCGACAUCAUGACGUGGACAGGCCAGCUCUACGGCAAGGUGUUCCGUGGGUUUGGCGAAUUUCACCUGCGUGAAAAUGACUAUGCAUUCAGUCAUCGAAAGUUUGGUGGAAAUGCGCAGUCCAUAACAAAAGACCGUUGGGUACAUCAUACAUCAUUCUUAUGGGAUUAUGAUGUGAAAAAUAUGAAUUAUUUAAAGAACCCACAACGUGCUCCUGAAUAUCGGCAGGCGAGGAACCACACAGAUUUCCUGUGUCGCAUGAGCGAGUAUAUGCCAUCACGGUCAGAUGUUACUGAAGGGAUAACUGCCGCACUUGGAGACCACUUUACAGUCCAACACACAGAGCUAGAAACAGCCCUUUCUGAUGACCAUGAGUUUGUGCCUUCUACAAAGCUGUUAUCGCCGCAGGACUUGCAAGAUAUUAUCUCCACAAAAGAAUCCCCUACAGUGGAGAGAGUUCAAGGGUGGCCACGGUCAUGAAGACAACUUAUUCCGUGACAUGAUUUUGAUGUCACACGGUGAACUCACAGGUUACUAAGAUGACUUAUUUUGUGACAUGUGAAAACUAUUGUCAUAUGAUGAACUCGACUUGGAGUUCAGACUUCAGACGACACUUUCCUUACUGUAUUUAUUGCUUCAAUAACCGAAGCAUCUUUUGUUGGAGUGAGCUGGGAGCCUGGGACUGUAUGAAAUAUUAUUCAGAUUUCGGAUAGUUGUACGCGCUAUAUUUAUUCUGGCGUACUCUCUCCGUUAGGAAUUAUAAGGCCAGGGAGCAUUUUAAAUUUGUUAGAAAU